AUGAGCGGUGCAUUAUAUGGAAUAGAUAUAGACGGACUCGAAGAGCAGAUGGAAAAAAAGAAAAUUGGGGGGACGGCGAUAGGGAACAAGCGAAUAUAUGCGAUGAAAUAUGCAGAUGAUGUGGCACUAGUAGCAGAAUCAGGAGGAGAACUAAAAAGUAUGCUGAAUGAACUGAGAAAAUAUACCAAAGAAAAUAAGAUAGAGGUAAAUGCAGAUAAAACAAAGAUAAUAAUAUGCUGGAAUGGAGGAAGAAAGAAAAAAGAAAAAAAAUGGACAUAUGAAGGGGAAGAAAUAGAGGAAGUAAAAGAGGUGAAAUAUUUAGGAUACUGGUUUACGAUGAAGAAUAGUGCAGCAAAGCAAAGAAAGGAGAUGGCGAGAAAGGCACAAAAAGCAACGAACGCGGUAUGGGGUAUAAUAAAGAGGAGCAAAAGGAACAGUAUAAGGGAGAGGAUGUAUCUGAUGAACACGGUGGCGAAAUCUGUAGCUAUGUAUGGAGUAGAAGUGUGGGGGUGGGAAAAAUCGGAGGAGAUUAGGAGAGUGCAUAGAAGGUUGUGCAAGAUGGCUUUAGGAGUGAGUAGGGACACACAAGGGUACAUAUGGAGGGAAUAA